CUGGUGAAUAGUGAGAGAGGGAAUUGAGAAUCAACCAAUUCCUAAACACACUCCAUAAAUCAGAAAAAAAACCCAAAAAAAGAAAAAAGAAAAAAGAAAAAAAGGAAAGGGAAGGAAGGAAGGAAAAAAUCUCCUUGCUUUUAAUCUUCCAUUUCUACUGAGUCUUGUUGGGUCACAAAAACCCAUAGUUUAUCUUCUUAGUUCUCUUCCAUUUUUGGAAGUAUUUUCCCCUCUUCACAGGCUCCCUCUGGGAUUCUAGCACUUUAGUUGUUCAUUUGGUGUAGGAAAAGAGAGAUGGUGAGAGGAAAAACCCAGAUGAGGCGCAUAGAGAAUGCGACAAGCAGACAAGUCACCUUCUCUAAGCGAAGAAAUGGGCUUUUGAAGAAGGCAUUUGAGCUUUCUGUUCUUUGUGAUGCUGAGGUUGCUGUCAUUAUCUUCUCUCCUAGAGGGAAGCUUUAUGAAUUUGCUAGUGCUAGAAUGCAGGAAAGCAUAGAACGUUAUCGAAGGCAUAUAAAAGAUACACAAACAAACAAGCCAAUUGAGCAAAACGUGCAGAUUUUGAAGGAGGAAGCGGAAUGCAUGGUGAAGAAAAUAGAACUCCUCGAAAUGUCGAAACGGAAGCUUUUGGGUGAAGGCUUGGCGCAAUGUAGCAUCGAGGAGCUACAACUGAUAGAACAGCAGCUGGAGAAAAGUGUAAGCAGCAUUAGAGCUAGAAAGAAUCAGGUUUUCAGAGAACAGAUUGAGAAACUAAAAGAAAAGGAGACAAUCUUAGCUGCCGAAAAUGCCAGGCUAAGUGUGAAGUGUGGUCUGCAACCUUGGGAAAGAUUGAACGAGCAGAAGGGAAAUGAAGCCUACAAAGAAAGUAGUAGUCCUAGUUCAGACGUUGAGACUGAAUUGUUUAUUGGACCUCCAGAAGGGAGAACAAAGCGGUUGCUCCCGCAGAACUGAGAGGUAGCAUUUAGGCCUCCUUAUGUGCCUGCUGUUUCUAAGUUGCAGCAUCACAUAGUGACUCUCUAUUUAUGAUUUACUUGAAGAAACAAUAAUUCAGUGAGCAAACAGUGAGUGUAUUAUUAUGUUUGUUGACUCAAAAUAUUAUGCUUAAAUGUUGUAUCUAUUGUAUAUAUUAGUAGAUGUCAAUGAAA